AUGGUGUAUCUUCUAACAAUCUUCUUAGUGGCAGCAAGUGCCGUCAUGGAUAUUUUAUUGCAUCGUAUAACCAACGACACACAAAAUAAUAAUCAACUUAUUUGUGUUACCGAAUAUUCAUCGUUAUCUUCUGUAUGGAAAACAGUUGAUACCCUUUCCAUAUUUACUAAUCAUAUCGUCCCGGUUUUGUUAAAUCUUUAUGCAAGCGGAAUUAUUCCUACAAUAGCUGCACGAAGUAAAUCAAAUGUUAGUCAUGAAUCAUUCAUUUCAUCAUUAUGGUUCCAAAUAAAAUUACGUUAUGAACAAUUGUUAUGUUCAUUAUUAAUGAUAUUAUGUUCAUUACCCCAAUUAUUAGCUGGUUUUAUUCUCCGUUGUGAUAUAUGGAAUAUUGUUUGGUUAAAACAUUUUAUUAUUUCGCUUUAUUAUUUUGCCUAUAUAUCGCAACUACUCAUGUUCUUCUUAUUUAUUCAACCAUCACGUAUUUAUAAACAAGCAUUUAAACAAUCGCAAAUAGGAAAAUUUGUUUUAAAUAAUAGAGUUCUAAUUCAAUGA